AUGUUCGAGAAAGAAGAGCCGCAAAGCUAUCCUCUCAAAAAACGCCGAAGUAGUUUACUUGGCAUGAUUCCUUCCAUGUUGUUAGGACAUGUGGCAUCAUCUUCCGAUUUGUUGUCCUCCUCACCCCAUGUGUCAUCAUCUUCGUCUACACCUCUGAAUGGAACAAUAACAACCAAUGUCAAUGUAUGUAUUUGUGGUACUUCCAACACUGGAAAGAAAAGUUUAGUCUCGUAUAUGGUGAAUGGCUAUCAUAACCCUUCAUCAUCCAUGCAACGAUCUGCAUUCGACGACUCGACAAGUGACAACAGUAAUGAUGAAGAAAGCGUCGAAUCUUGGUGUGACUCUGCGAUGGGUUCUUUUGUAUGGAAUAAUAGCUCUACUUUACAUCAUCACUCAAGAACAACUUCAAAAGGAGACUUGAUCGAUGUGGAUCCUGAUUAUGUCAAACAGGUAGACAUGAGUAGCUCCGAAAAAUUGAAAUUGAACUUUUUCAUUUUCUCUCAUUCCGAUACAGAAGUCAGAAGCCGAAAUGUAUUGGAGAGUGAUGUAACUUUUAAGAAUAUUGUCAAGAUUGCACAUAUUAUCAUCUAUGUAUAUGAUGUCACAAACAUGACCUCAUUUGAAGCUGUAAAAUAUUACUAUGAGCAAAUAUUGAAUAUCAUGAGCUCAAAUGAAUGUUGCGAAAAUAUGGAGAGUUAUAGGUUUUCGUGUUCUCCACAGAGUCCAUCUCUUCUUGGGCCAUUACUCCAAAGGCAUAAUAUAAUAAUGAAACCAUCAAUGGUAAUUGGAGCGAAAAUUGACCUUGAAGAGGACCGAGUAGUUACUGAAAGUAAUAUCAUGUCACAUCAAAGGAUUAUGAACGGAGUUACCUUUCAUGAGUGUUCAUGUUUGACAGGAGAAAAUGUAUUAUCUUGCUUUGAGGAUUUAAAGUUAUUAUCAAAACCAAACACAUUCUUGUCAAAGCCAACCUCAGACAACGGUAGAAAUUCACGACGAUCGAGUAUAACUCUUUCUUCAAGACAGAGUAUGAGUUGCAAUAGUUCUCCUAAUCUAGAUAAUACUGCUAACAAACGAGCUAGUCGAAUAUUUGAUUCUGUUAAAAAAGUGGGAGACAUGUUUAGAGUGAGGUCCAAUUCAAUGGCAAGCAACAACACCGAAAGAAAAAUUCCUUCAAGUCCAGCAUCCUCAAGUGCUCCCACGAUCAAUGACAAGAGAAGAAGUCAAAGUAUUGGCGUUAUCAUUUCUCAACAUGAAAAGAAUACAGGCUUUGUUAUCAAACCAGAAAUCACAACUUUAGAAUUGCAAGUAAGCGUUCCAAGCCAAGUAGAGACUUGCAAAGAACCAAAGCAAGAGGUGCGAAAGAGACCCACGAGUUAUUCGUGGAAGAAUAUUUUCAAAAAGAAAUAA